GUUGCGCUUGCUUGCAAAUUAUCGCGAUGGUCAUUCUCGUACCCAUCCUUCUGUUUAGCCUCUGCAACCCGGCAAUUGCAAGCUCUGUAGGUGGAUCGGUUGCGCAAACAUCCAACGGUGAGACAUUCGGCCAUAGUUUGGACAAAUAUCCCGACGUGAUUGAGUAUCUGGGGAUUCCUUAUGCUGCACCACCGAAUUGUAAGUUACAAAUGCAAAGACCAGAGAAGUAUUUGUCUAAAAUGUAUAAUGACUGUCCAUACGCUGUAGGGUCAACGAUUGAUUACCCUAAUAAAAUACCACCGUUUGACAAAAUAGUGAGCGCUUUUACGUCAUCGAACAAUAACAGCCAUAGCGAGGACUGCCUGACUCUAAACAUUUGGAGCAAGCAGGCAUACAAUGACACCUUAAAGCCUGUUUUAGUUCAUUUCCAUGGCGGACGAUGGACGUCCGGAACAACCAAUACGCCUUUUUACCAUGGAGCGGAUUUUGCCUCCGCUGAAGACAUCAUUAUGAUCACUGCGACAUACCGAAUGAACAUUUUUGGAUUUCCCGGUGUUCCUGGGAAGCAGUCCAAUAUCGGACUCCUCGACCAGCGAAAGGCAGUAGAAUGGGUACGAGGCAAUAUCCAGGCAUUCGGCGGUGACCCCAAUCGAAUCGUAAUGUCUGGACAGUCCUGCGGUGGCACCGCAGCCGAUUAUUGUGCAUAUUUAUAUCGUAACGAUUCUGUUGUGGCUGGCCUCAUUUCGCAUUCGGGAACUGCUGAUAGCUUCCCAGCUAACUCCCCAGAAUUGUCAGCACAGUACUGGGAGGAGAUCACCUCCUUGAUGGGUAGACAAAGUGCAGCAGCAUUAUUAACUGCGUCGGGCAAGGUCAAUCCUCCUGUAGCCAGUAGUGCAGCCCGAACGCAACAUGCCUUUCAGCCGACUGUUGACAAUAUGACGGUUUUAAGUGACUACGGACUGCUUGCAAGGACAGGAAGAUUUGCACAGCUUCCAUACCUCGCCAGGCACAACCAUAAUGAGGCCGGCUUCUACAAGAUCUCAGCCUGGUCCAAAGGAUCUACCUUGCCUGAGUCAGAAUGGCAAAGCCUUAAUAAAGAGACCUUCACAUGUCCUACUGAUGACGCAGUCAUAGCUCGGAUACGUGCGGGUGUUCGCACCUGGCGUUUCCGCUACUUUGCCGACUGGAACAACACCCGUCUAUACCCUACGAGUGGUGCUUAUCACGGAGUGGAGUUGAACAUGAUUUUUGGCAACUAUGAAGCCGUAACAAGUAUCUCUCAGAGUGCCCACCAAGUGCAACUACAGAUGAAGAUGCAGCGGGCCUGGGCUGCCUUCGUGGCUGAUCCACACCAGGGUUUGGAGAAGCUAGGAUGUCUCCGUUUUUCUUUAGAUGGGACUACAUUAAUCGCUUUGGGUGAACGGAACAGUCCGGGUGCAAGAUUUAUAAAUUCUAGUUUAUACGAUGUUGCUUGUUAG